AUGGCAGUAACUCACGCCGAUCUCGCUCCCACUCGCCGGAGCACCGACCUCGGCAGCAAAACGGGGACUCUUCUCAUCAUCUUCACCAUUCUCUCCGGCGUCCUCUGCUUCGUCCUUUGCCUCAUAGCCGAAGCCACCAGGUCCCAGGCAACAUGGGAAAGAAAUGGCGGGAAACACGAGUGUAUUUACGGUGGAAGCGGGAAGACGCCAUUGUUGUGUGGCGCGGUGGCGUUCGUGGGAUUAGCAGUUUCCAUGGUGGUGGAACAUGUUUAUAUGUUAAUUGCUAUUGCCAAAUCGCCGCCUGCUGCUCUGUUUCCCUCCGAAAACGACGUCGUAUUUCGCGGCUCUGGUACCGUCAGGGCUCUUUCUCUGCAGGCUGCCUUCUUCUUCUUCUCCACUUGGAUUUGUUUUGGGGUUGGAGAGAUAUUGUUGUUGAUCGGAUUGAGUGUGGAGUCAGGGCAUUUGAACAAAUGGGACAGGCCAAGACCCGGUUGCUUGGCAAUCAAGCAAGGCUUGUUCUCGGCGGCCGGAGUUUUUUCUCUGCUAACGGUUUCUCUCGGCGCCGGUCUAUACUUCACUGCACUACGCGCACAAAGAUUGUCACGGCAAAUGGAAACCGUAAGGAAUGAAGUGUUAGAAGCCUCUGUCCUCUAUGCAUCUCCCCCGACAUCACCGGCAAUUCGAAUCGAGGCCGCUCCGAGGGAAAACCCGAUACUUCGAGAUCGAGAAUUGCCUCCGUUGAUUUUUAGCAAGGAAACAAAUACGAUUUCAAUGCAAUAG